UUGAGUUAUGGGGGUUUCGGAGGCGCCGGUCUCGGGGGUGGCGCCGGUUUUAGUGGCGAUGCGGGCGGCCAGGUGCAGGUGAACACCAUAACACAACAAGUUCCGGUCCCCGUCCCUCAGCCCGUACCGGUGACCGUCAACAGACCCGUCCCUGUGCCCGUCCCCGCCCCUUACACCGUGUCUGUCCCUCGUCCUGUCCCUGUCAACGUGCCCCAGCCUGUCUCUGUUACGGUAGUAAGGCCGGUCCCUUACACCGUGAACAGGCCCGUCCCUGUCCAUGUACCUCAACCCAUCCCUGUCCCUGUACCUCAGCCAUACGCCGUCCCCGUGCCUCACGCUGUUCCCGUGCAUGUACCUCAGCCUGUAGCCGUCCCCGUGCCUCAUGAGGUGACUGUGGAGGUGCCUUACCCUGUGGUGGUUCCUACUGGAGGAGGACUUGGGGCGGGUGGCGCCGGACUGGGACACGGAUUCGGAGGAUCUGCAGGGUUUGGUCACAUCUCUGCGGGGGGCUACGGAAAACACUGAUCACUAUCCCGGGGAACUAUUAAAUUUCAGUACGUGAGUACUCCGUACAUCUGUGCUUAAAAUAUUGGACUUGUGUAAAUGAGCAUAUAUCUUCGUGAGAUUUUAUGGGAUUUGAAUUUGAAUUUUGUACAGUGUGUGUGAGUAUACGUACAGAUAUGUCGUGCAGUGCUUUACAGUUGUAAAAUUUAGCCGUAUGCAUGCGGUUGGUUGAGUUCUCUAGUUAAUGCUGUGUUAUGGAACAUGUUUUUCAUCCUAUAACUUCGUAAUGAAAAAGCGAUUAUGCUUAUUUAAGAAAUCAGUAAGUUAAAAGGGAAGGAAAAUAAUAUUUGCCGAAUGAAUAUGCUUAACAACAGUGCAUUUUACUUGAUCUGGUAAGCUUGGAACAUUCUAUUAACAGUGAUAUCUUGUAACAAAUAAAAUUAUAACUGAAACUAAAAUUGAACACUUUAACA